GGCCGGCCUAUAAAAUGCUAACUCCCUUCUAAGCUGUCAAAACAACAAUAUAAUUAAGCUAAUAAGAUUAUUAUUUUUGCCUUUGCUAUAUACAUUUAUAACAAAGUAAAUUAAUUAUAUUGAUAAUUAAUGGAUGCAUACGUUGCAAGUUUUGUUGCCCCCCCGGUUUCAAGACACGCGACGGCGGCGGCGGCUCCAGCACGUCGUCCAGUCGUGGACAGAAAUGGUGUCAAACCAGUGGUAGACAGGAGCGCUGCCGCAGCUACAGAGUCGCCGCCGCCGCAACCAUAUUAUUCUUCGUCCGGAAGGAAUAAUAAGAAUGCAGCCUCAAAGUCGCCGCCGCCGCCGGGCAAGGGCAAUAAUAAUGGUCGUUGUGAAGGCGGUGGCGACAAGAACAUCGAUGUGAAGGCAACCAGCUACAUUUUGAAGGUCAAAGAACGUCUGAGGAGGGAAGAAAUGAAAAUUAUGAAUGAAAAGAAAUGACUUAUUACAAAUUUUUAUCUGCUCGUGUCUCAAAUAAAGUAUUGAUGCAUGCUCGUGUGAUGAGUUGAUGAUAAGUGUAAAUUAAAAAUAUUGAUGGGUGGACAUAAAUACCCCUUGUCUGGUCAAAUGUAUUCGUUAUGUUUGACUUCAAUUCCUUGAGUCAAACUAUUUAAUCUUUAAUUACAUAUAGUAUCAAUGAUAACAAAGUAUUCUCUCUGUC